AGAGUUGAAACAACUUAGGGAUAAACUAAGAAGUGGUAAAGUUCGCAUUGGAGGUCGUGGACAGGAUUUUAAUUUUGAAAACGGAAGUUCUUUAGAAGCAAAAACUACAAAUGAACUCUAUUCUACAACCACUCAGGCUGAGUCGCCUUCUCUUGAGUCAAACUCACUUGUGCCGUCUAUUAUAGAGUACGAGAAAUUUGUACGUGAUUAUUUUACAAACAAUUUACAUAGCAAAAGCACGUUCCCAAUGAGUUCUUAUGAGCUUUUGAAAAGACUUGCUUCUUGGCAAAUUACUCGGACUAUUCCCUUUACAAAAAAAUCAUUAAAUAAUCUUGAAAAUGCAUUAAGGACAUUGUCAAAAACAUGGGGACCUAAUGUCAUGUUAGUUAAAGAGAAACAAAUUAACAAACAUAAUAAGUUAAUGGUGGAAAAAGUUGAAAUUGAAAAAUUAAGCGUAGUAAACGUUUUAGAAAGUUCUUUAGAAUUGAAUGAUCCUUCAUUGCUUGAUAAGUCAUUGCAGAUGACAAUUUCUGUUAAUGGUAAUAAGAAACGCAAAAUUGAAGAAUUAACCGAUGAUACUGCGUUAAAGGAAAUUAACGAACUUCUCGAUAAACCUUCAUUUAAAGAAGUCGAGGAGAAUAAAUCUCUAUACGAUUUGUGCGUAAUGUUAAAUAAAAGAUCAUCUAAAGAUAAAUUGAUAGUUGAAAUGUUUCGAUCAACUAAUAAUUCAUUCCGAGAAUUCUGUGUAUAUGGUACGAAAGCUGAUUGUAGAAAACAUCGGACAACAACUCGAGCAUGUAACAGGCUUCAUUUUAAACCAAUGCUUCGUCCUCAUACGGAAUUGGAACUUGGAGAUUGUUCCUAUUUGAACACUUGUCAUCGUAUGGAUACUUGUAAAUAUGUUCACUACGAACUUGAUGAUGAUGAGAAAAAUUGGAUAUAUAAGAAGAGGAGACAAAUUCCACCUGGUGUGGUUUUUACACCACCAACCAAAGUUCGCCCGCCACAAUGGAUUAAUUGUGAUGUACGAAAAUUUGACUUUUCUAUUCUGGGAAAAUUUACUGUUAUUAUGGCUGAUCCGCCGUGGGAUAUUCAUAUGACGCUCCCAUAUGGAACUAUGACUGAUGAUGAAAUGAAAGCUAUGGCAAUUGCUGAUUUGCAGGAUGAUGGUUUAAUAUUCUUGUGGGUUACCGGAAGGGCGAUGGAACUUGGAAGAGAAUGCUUGUCCAUCUGGGGGUACGAUCGUGCUGAUGAGCUUGUUUGGAUCAAGACUAAUCAAUUACAGAGACUCAUUCGAACCGGUAGAACAGGUCAUUGGUUAAAUCACAGCAAAGAACAUUGCCUCGUUGGAAUCAAAGGCAAUCCUGAAGGUUUAAAUUGGGGACUCGAUUGUGAUGUAUUGGUUGGAGAGGUUCGAGAGACAAGUCGUAAACCGGAUGAGGUCUAUGGCUUAAUCGAUCGUUUGGCUCCAGGCACACGAAAACUAGAAAUUUUUGGUCGCCAACAUAACACACGUCCUGGAUGGAUGACACUUGGUAAUCAAUUGGACGAUGUUCGUUUAUAUGAGUCUGAUGUCGUUACACUAUAUAAUGAACGUUACCCAGAAAAACCGUGUCAGUUAACUCCGUUGCCUACGGACUGGUAACAUAAAAUUAAUUUGCCAUUUGUCAUUUUACUCAUUCAUGUGUACUUGUUAAUGUUUUAUUUAUAACAUUUUAUAAUAAUAAUAAAUAAAAUUUUUGUAUA